AUCCCCCUUGGAGAGAUCUGGGUGGCAGGCGGCCGAGAGAGGGGGAGAGGCAGGCGCCCCCUGCUUUCUCCCGCAAGGGGGUGGGGUAGGGUAGGCUGCAGACGCCUUUGUCCCUCCAGCUCCAGGCGAGAAGCAGAUGGCCGAGGCGUGAGAGGCCAGCAGGCAACGGCUGCUGUUGCUGCUGGGUGGGCGGUGCGCGCCUGCAAGGAAAGGGGCGCGGAGCAAGGCGGCCAAAAAGGACCAGAGGCUAGCGUGCGUGCCAAGGCGGCGGAUGCAGGGGCCAAUGAACUGCAGCGAAAGCCUCCGAAUCCAGGUCCUCCUGAGCCGGCUCUGGCAGGAGCUGCACGGCGGCGGCGCUGCUCCCAAUGCCAUCCGAAGAGGCAGCAGCCUACUCGACGACUCACUCCCGGCGCCAAGCCAGGCGACAGCUGCGGGCAGCAAAGCGGGCGCAGACGACGCUUACCUGUACAUCUUGCUCAUCAUGAUAUUCUACGGCUGCCUGGCCGGGGGCCUGAUCCUGGCCUACACGCGCUCCAGGAAGCUGGAAUCCAAGCACGACCCUUACCACUUGUACAUCGAGAGCGACUGGACGGCGAGAGCGGGAAGCCUGGGAAGGGGCGGAGGAGGACCAGGAGCGAAGCUGGCGGUGUCGGCCGGGGAGCCUAGCCUGGCCGAGGGGAUGCUGGCGGCUGCCAGCGGGGAAAGGGGGAGCAGCGGCGACGACAGCGAGCAUCUGUGAGAGAGGAGGAAGGCUCCGGAGGAGGAUCGGAUCGGCCCACCCCAAAUCUGAAGAAAUCCUCUCGGGGGGUGGGGGGGAUGCGGUCCGCUC